AUGUCACUCAUCAGUGGGGAGGAGGGAGCUGCGUCCAGCGGGCCGAAGGCCCCCCCCAAACGACGCCGCGGCGGCGGCAACGGGGGCCAAGGCGCCGACGAGGCAGAGGGCAGCAAAUCUGACGGCGACGGCCAGUCGUCGUGCUUCGUGUGCCUGAAGGACACGGGCGCCCCGCUCGAGCGGAAGAUCAAGGGCGGCUUCUUGGUGCGCGCUUCUUGCCACGCAGCCAUGCGCGCCUGCGAUCGGACCUUGAAGGGCCGACCGCACGCGUUAAGUGAGAACCAGAGGAUGAUGACCCACAGCCCCCAGAGGUGGAGGAACAAAAUCAACCCUUUCAUCAAGCGAGACGGCACGGUGGCGAACCAGAAGAGUCGCGUCCAAGCCGCCGCGGAUGCGAAGCUAGAGUGGGCGACCUACGAGGAGAAGGCGAGGACCAGGAGGAAUGAGAAAGUAGUGCAGAAGCCAAAGUUCACCAAAAACAGGUUCAAAGCCUUUCGGAAGUUCUGGGACAAGGUGUCCUCCGACGAAGCGUCGGAGGAAUUCGAUCGGCUUCACCUCGGACAACGUGGCGAGUUCGACAACCACGAGCCUCGGGUCAGGGUGGACGACUACAUUGAGUUUGACCAGGACGCCACGGGCGAGGAGACGCGCAACGUGAAGCAGCGGACGUCUGGCAGUGGCGGUGGGUCCUCGAAGGGAGGUGGUUCGUCGAGCGGCUUCCCAUCCACGUUGACAUCGCCAGCAGCCAGCUCGGGGAAGAAAAAAUUGCCGAGCCGCCUCACCUUGAUGUACUCCGAGGGCGAAGACGACGUGGACCCCGACGACAGCGUCAGCCAGGUGGACGCCACCCGCGAGGCGAACAAGAAAGCACGGGCGUCAGCGAGGACGGCCGACAAGCAGAUGGCUGCGCUGGCAACUGGCAGCGCCAAGAUGAGCCCAGUGCAGUUCUUGCAGAACAAGAAGACCAUGCAGAACAUACUCGGCGAGUGCAAGUCCUCAUUCGUGGGCCAGAAAGGGUUCGAGCAGACCAUCAGGAACCUGCACCAGGCUGCGGUCAAGAAGGGUUGCAACGUGGACUCGCUUCCGAGUAAACCCGACGACAUCAUCAGCAAGAUCGACGACUACUUGGAGAGGGUGAAGAAGGAAAGUUGUCGCGUCGACAAGGUGAAGAAGGACGACUUCGACGAUGUCCAGAAGCAGGUGAGCACGCUAGUGGCGGAGACACCCGAGCUCACGAGGAUGUGUUCCGAACAGGUUGAGGCCAUGGAGUUCUUGGUUCACGAGUCCGCUGCGGCCGAGAGGAGGGACUACCACAAGGGGCGCUACGAGGUCGACAAGGUCGUCAAGGCGCUCGGCUCGGGCUGCCACGGCAAGAUGAUGAGCAAGGUCUACGGCGCGCAGAUAUUCAAUAUCCAGAAGCAGAUUGCUGAGGCCCAGAAGUCGCAGCCAGAGGGAGAAGUGAACCAGUCUGUCCCCGCCGCGGCGGGCAAGUUCAAGGGUGAAGAUAAUGUGAAAUACGAGAUGGAGGUCGACCCAGCCGCGUUCGACUUCAAGAAGGUGGCGUGCUUCACAAUGUCCGAGAACAGCGUCGUGGAGAUGCUGACCAAGUACCAGCAGGAGGCACCGACGAGGUUGGAGACUGUGGUAGGGCAGGUUGACCAAGCCAUGAAGGAUAACAAGGGCUGGUCAGGCGCCCUGGCACCCAUCCUGAGCAACAGGGCGGAGUUCAAGCACUUCGAGGACACCCUGGGCUGCGACCUGGGCGACAAGAUCAACGAUCCAGGGGCCAGCAGCUGGUUGGCCACGUGUCGGAAGAACCAGAAGAGGUUCGGAUGCCAGGCAUGGCCCUUGCCAGGCGUGGCCACCUUCGUGCAGGCCAUCAGCGCGCCUGGCAUGUACAUAGCGCUGAUCCCGAUGAAGGCUAUCCUGGCGGGGAUCGUCUUCGCCAACUUCGAGAAGUUCAUUGAGUCACCGCAGGGGGUCAAGUUCAUGCAGGGGUCCUCCAACGUGGUGUACUUGCCCAAGGGCGCCAUCAUGUAUGUACCCUUCGGUGUGUUCUGUCAGCCGAUUCACGUUGGGUUGAAGUCGGCGACGGAGAAUGAGUGCCCUUUGUGGGGUCACCUUUGGACGUUGCCGAUCUUAAGCGAGCAGUGGUGUGAGGAGCUGGUUUCAACUGAUGUUGCGAAGGCGAUCACCGCGUACAACCAGGACUGGCUCAAGAAACAGACCGCGUCUUUCUGGGAG